ACCGUAUGCUAUCGUGGCGUUUCCCUGCCGAGUGAAGUGUCAGUGAACCUGAGAGACCUGUUAUCUGUCGGUUCCACGGAAUCGAACCUGGCUCAUCACACACCCACACACACAAAGCGGACCGUGUUUCCUGUAGCGGGUCAGGAUGAGACGCGCCAAUCUGGGUGAAACAGGCCCUGGGGGGUAUGUGGCCAGCGGGUACAGUGUUCACGAGGAGGAGAACGAACACCUGCAGGAGGGACUGAGAGCUAAAGUCACCGCGUUGAAGAGUCUGACUAUCGACAUCGGAACGGAAGUCAAAUACCAGAAUAAAAUGCUGGAGGAGAUGGACUCAGACUUCGACUCGACCGGCGGCCUGCUCGGUGCCACCAUCGGCAGAGUGAAGCAGCUGUCCAGAGGCAGUCAGACCAAGCUGCUGUGCUACAUGCUGCUCUUCUGCUUCUUCGUCUUCUUUGUCCUGUACUGGUUCAUCAAGCUGAGGUGAUCUGAGGAACCUCCUAGAGUUGGCCCUUUGUAACUUCACAUCUCCCUCCCCCCACAGUCGCUCCUGUGUCUCAAAACUAGACCAGCGUGAUGAUGAAGAUGAUGACAACAGAAAGGGGUUUCAAAAUAAAGUGUUCAGCUUUACAGGGGGACCGUGUCUGUGAGCAUUUCACACAAAGACCCCAAAAUAGAGUCAAGAAAGGGCCAAGGCUAUCUGAUGUCUUAAACAGUAAAACUAGUUUAGGAAGGUGAAUCGGCCUGAGGUGAUUAAUGAUCAGAUGUGUCACGUACACCCUAAGUGGAUGAUACCAGUAUUUGUAUGUCCUAACAGCCCAAUAUACCUAAAGUGAGAAGAUGAGAAAACAUGAAACCUAAUAUAACUGGAGAAGAUACUGCGUCAGAAACCUAACAGCAACAGAUCUGUGGAUUAGUUUUUCCACCACAACCUUUGCUGUGUCACUAAUAAUAACUAUUGUUCAUGAAAGUGCUAACGUUGUAGAAUGUUAAAGGAAAUAAAUGGGUGUAUUUUUGAUUCAAGAAUGAACGGAAACACCAAGAUUUGUCAAACAGUAAGCAACAAUGUCCUUCAUUACUGUUCUAGGUCUGUUGUAAAAAUGUUUUUUUUAAUGUAAAUAAAGACGUUUUAUGCAAUG